AUGUGGAUGAGAAGUGUUCAGCUAUGGGAAGCGGUGCCGUUUUCGGUUAUGGUGACAAUGGAAGGUUGUACCAUAAUAUUAACCAUUUGGGCAAAAACUGUCAUGACAGUUGAUGGCAUGAGCCCUUUUGUGUUUGUCGUCUACACCCACGCCCUUUCCUCUCUCAUCCUCCUCCUCUAUUCUUUCAUCUUUCACUGCCCCAGGAAAAUAGUCCUAAUGCUCAUCCAUAUUCUCAACCUUCAAGAUAACAAUAUCUCAGAACCUUGGAUUCCUAGGCCUAAGUUACAGUUCUCCAAUUCUUGUGUGUGCCAUGGGCCUAAUGAUCCCAACUUUUUCCUUCCUGCUCUCCAUCAUUCUCAGGUUAAUUCUUCCCUCAACUCAACUUGUUCCUUUCAUUUCAUAAGGACAAGGCUUGAUUGGAGAAGCUCAAGCUUCCAGGCCAAAGUAAGUGGGACACUAAUAUCAAUCAUUGGGGCAGUAGCAGUUGAACUCUACAAGGGUGCAUAUAUAAGAACAUCUUCAGUUUCUUCUUCACCUGGGAAGCAACUUCAAGUCUUAGCACAGAAAGCACUUUUGGUCUUCUCCUCAGAACCAACAGAACAUUGGGUUGUGGGUGGCAUUUUACUGGCAUCUGCUUCUUUAUCUGUCUCAGUGUGGAACAUCAUUCAGCUGGGAACCAUGAAACUAUAUCCGGAAGUGGAUGCAAUGGAAGUGGUAACUUUUUAUAGCUUUCUUGGGACAAUACAGAGCGCAAUAUUAUCCUUGUUCUUAGAAAGAAACCCAAGUGCUUGGAGAUUAAAACUCAACAUGGAGCCCCUUCUCAUUAUUUUAACAGCACUUUUUGGGGGUCUAGUUCGAAGCCGGGUUCACAAUUGGUGCAUGAGCAUAAAGGGUCCAUACUAUGUGCCGCUGUUCAAGCCAUUUGGGAUUGUUUUUGCUACCAUUUUUGGUGUCAGCUUAUCUGCAAAUAGUCUGCAUUAUGGAAGUGUGAUAGGAUCAGUAGUAAUUGGAAUGGGGUAUUUUGCAAUAUCAUGGGGACAAAUCAGAGAAGAUGAAGGGCAGCAAGACCAACAAUGUGUUGAUGAGAGGCUGGAACCUAAUUCUGAGAGGAAAGUCCCUCUCUUGCAAGAAGAAAGUAAUGUGUAG